CGCUCACUGCUCUGUUGAUGCUUGCAGCGGAGAGGAGCUUCAGUGUCUUGUGCGGGUCAUCUGCAAAAGGAGCCUGGAACUAGUUGUGAGUUUAUUCACAAAGUUAUCAGAGACUCAUCAUCUGAUGCGGCUUCCUGUCUUUGUCGUCAUGGCGACUGUGAGGGCCCCGGAGCACUGGAUCCAGGGCCAGUGAGGGGGCCUGAUGUUUCGCUCCGCGCCUGACUGCUGCUGAAAUACAUGCUAGUUACGCACCGUGGUGCUCGAGUGUCCCCGAAGAAGAGUCCCAGGCAUGGAGGAGGAGGGCAGGGUGAAUGGCUUCGGGCUGAGCCCAGGGAGGAGGGGCUCAGACUGGGGUCGAAUCGCCCUGCUGGACAAGACCAAGGAGUUCUUCCGGACCUGCGAUGUGGAGGGCAAAGGCUUCAUUACCCGCACAGAUAUGAGGAGGCUCCACAGAGAGCUGCCUCUGUCUGCGGAGGAGCUGGAGGACGUGUUUGACUCUCUGGAUACAAAGCGCACUGGUUACCUCACGCUGGAGGCAUUCUCCUCUGGAUUCAGUCAGUUUCUUCAUGGCCGGAGGAUCUCUGUGGCUGAUGACCAAAAUCAGGCCCCGGGCCCCGUCUUCAGGGCUAAAGAAGCCCUUUACCAGAGCCAAUGGGAGGCCAAGCUGGCGGGAGUUGAAGAUGAGGAGGAGGGACACUUCAGUAUGCUGAUGGAGAGCCUGGGGGCCAGUAAUGUGUUUGAGGAUCCAGGGGAGGUGCGCAGUCUUUGGGCCCAGCUCAGGCGAGAUGAGCCGCACCUCCUGUCCAAUUUUGAGGAGUUCCUGGCCAGGGUCACCCACCAGAUCAAGGAGGCCCAUCAGGAGAAGAAGGAGAUGGAGAGCGCCCUCCAGAGGAAAGCCGCAACACACGACAGCGAGAUCCGUCACCUGUAUGAAGAGAUGGAGGCACAGAUCAAAAACGAGAAGGACAGGCUGCUGCUAAAGGACUCUGAGCGUCUGCAGCUGCGCAGCCACGACCUGGAGCACCAACUGUCUGCAAAGGAGAAAGAGCUGGAACAUCUUUUCCAGAAGCAGAAAAGGUUAGAGCUCCAGUGCCACGAGCUGAGCAGCGAGAAGCAGGAGAGCCACGUGGAGAACGUCAAGCUGAAGACGACCAACGACGAGCUGUCGCGAGCGCUGGAGAGCACCAGCCAGGAGCUGACGCUGGCCCAGGACCAGCUGGCCAUGCUGCAGGAGCAGGCCACCCGGCUGCAGCAGGAGAAAGAGAUGGAAAUGUACAGAGUAACUGAGGGACUGCAGAGGGAGAAGCAAAGUCUCAUGAAGCAGCUCGACCUCCUCAGAGAGAUGAACAAGCAUUUGAAAGACGAGCGGGACAUAUGCUGCGGUGUGCCUCGGACCUCGCUCAGAAAGAAGCAGAAGCAGAGAGCGGGCCUCGCCAACUUAUUUGAUGACACCAGCCAGCCGGCAAAAAGAGCCCCACUGCUGGUGGACGGGUCCUACCAGUCUCUGGAGGCCUUGCCUAUAGAGCACCUUCAAAUCGUGUUUGUUGCUUCCUCCUCCUGCAGUGAGGAUGACGCCACGCCUUCCUCCGCCACCACCGUCAGCAACCCAGUGUGUCAGCAGCGCCCUGCGGCAAAGAAGUACUCCGGCUUAGCCAACGGGUACGGCAGCCCCGCUCCACCCAAAGUGCACGAUGUGAAGGCGAGGGCCAAAAAAUCACCCACCAAGAUGGCUGCCGCUAAGAAGGUGACAGGGAAAGACAGAGUAAGAGCGAAGAAAGUGGAAACUGAGAAGAAGAUAGGGGUAGAAGAGGAGGUCUUGGACGCCCCUCCAGAUGGGUGGCCCCUCCGUCGGGUCAUUUCAAUCGAGGAGGACCACCUGCCCCACCUGCUCCAUGGAGGGCCUCAACCUUUGCUGCACCAGCUCAGCGAGGAGGAGGACGAGGAGGACGAGGAGGAGGAAGCUCAGAGUGACCUUGACACAAGUGUUGUCAUGGCUGCCACCCCACCCUCCAGUCACCCUCCAGUCCCCGUGUCGGGAGAAGCUGCCCCGGUGAGGAAAUCCCGCUCUACGUGCCCAAAAAAGACUCCCAUGUCACCAAGAGGGCAGCCUGUCGGGAAGGAGACCCAGCAAAAGGCAAAGGAAGGAGCACUCUUUGCCCCAGACCGGCUCUUUAAAGUCGUUCUGGUCGGCAACUCGAGCGUAGGGAAGACAUCCCUGCUCCGCUCCUUCUGUGAGGGCCAUUUUCACCCUUCCACAACUGCUACUGUGGGUAUUGACUACAGUGUGAAGACACUAACCCUGGACAAUAUGCAGGUAGCCAUGCAGCUUUGGGACACAGCAGGCCAAGAGAGGUAUCGCAGCAUAACCAAGCAGUUCUUUCGCAAGGCGGACGGUGUGGUGGUGAUGUACGACGUCACCGUGGCGGAGAGCUUCAAGGCUGUGCAGCCCUGGCUCACCAAUGUGCAGGAAGCAGCGGGAGAAGGGAUCCCCAUCCUCCUUUUGGGCAACAAAAUGGACAUGGAUGGAGACAGAGAGGUCUCAUUCAAAGAGGCCGAGCAACUGGCUUAUGAAAACAAGGUGAUGUUCUUUGAGGUCAGUGCCUACACUGCCAAGAAUGUGACCGAGUCCCUGACACACCUGGCCAGGGUGUUGAUGGAGCAGGAAGACAGGGUGAGAGACACAACAGUCAUCCUCAGUGCUCAGCCCAUAAAGAAGAAAGCCUGCUGCAAGUGAAGCGUAAACUCAAUUUACCGAGUUCCUCUUGGACAUUGAAUUUGCAGUGUUUUAAGACAGCACUGAAAUCAUUCUCGGACCUUUAUCAUAGAAUGAAAUUGUGUCUUCAUUUUGGCCCAAAAACCUUUGACACGUGGACGUGAAGGGGCGUGUUGCCCAUGUGAACGUGAAACCUACCGUCAAGCUUAAAUGAUGAGGCUCAGAGGAAGAGGUUGUCUAAAGUUAAAAAAAAAAAUAAGGUGCUGCGUCAUUUCCUGUAAAUAAUGCUGCUAGAUCACAGUAGCUCCGUCUGUAAGAUUUAAAAUAGAAACUGUUUUAUAAUUACCACCCAAGUUAAAUCAUAAACACUCUGUAGCUUUUUCAUAACCUAAUGUCUCUGCAUUUUUCUGGGGUCGUAUAUGUCAAUGUGCAGGCGGGUGACAAAUGAAAGGAAAGACCUGGAUUAGUGAGUGGAGCAGCAUUUAAAGUCCAAUCACGCUCUGUGGCUUGAAUAAAAAUGCUAAGCAGGUGCUGUUGAUUCUGAUUUAGUAUCAAGAUGGCAAAGGGAGAAGAUCUAAGUAACUUUGAGAGAGGGUUCGCUGUUGGGCCACAGAUGGCAGAAGCUUCAGUUCUGGCUUCUGUUUCAGUGGGAACAGUGACUGAAGUGACAUCUGCAUUUACAUCUAUGGGAAAGACAUCAGUAAACGGGGCAGAGACUGUGGUCGACAGUGGACACUUGAGGAAAAAUAAGGAAAAACGGACGAGCAGCUCCUCCUCAGGUGACUGUGAAUGUCGAUGCAGGCCGUGAUCAGACUGUCAGCAAGAGCAGUAUGUUGAGAAGCACACAGAGAGGGGGGUUAUGUGGGUGGGUUGCAGUGCAUAAACCCCUCAUUACAAAGAUGAACGCACAUUGGAGACUUCAGUGGUGCAAAAACCAUCAGCACAGGUCUACAGAGUUGUGGAAAAAAGUGUUCAGAUGAGUCAUCCAUCAACAUAUUCUCUACAAGUGGGUGAAUGCAGGUGUUGCACAAAGAGAGAAGAGCACAGGUCUGAGUGUUUGACCCCCACAGUGAGGGGAUCCGGUGGCUCUGUUAUGCUCUGAUGGGGAUUUACUGACAUGGUUUGGGCAGUGCCUACAUCCAUAAGGUACUUCACCAUCACCUGUGGGGGAUUUUGAACUAACAUCGUUCUCCAUCAACCAUCAUCAAAGCACCAAAUGAGGGAAUACCUUUUGUGAAAAUAGUGUAGAAUCAAUGCUAAGGCGUGUUGAAGCUGUUCUGGUGGAGACACUUUAUGUUGGUAUUUCCUUUAAUUUGUCACCAGUCUGUCAUUAUAUUUUAUGUUGAAUCUAAUACUCAAAUAAAUUAUUUGGAAUUCAUUAAAAUAGCUGUUUAAAUGAAAAUCGUGUGAGGAAAAUCAGACUUGAUUCUCUGACGUUUUAUUCAUCAUUGUGUUCAUCUUUCAUUUUUUCAUAUUCGUCGUUUCUCUGGUCUCCAAAACAAAGUGGUACAUGACAUAUUGCAUCUGUGUUUGUUACUGUUCUGACUCAUUGCUCUGUUUCAC